AUGCCAGCGGUAGCGAUUUUGCCUCGCCAAGGUGAGGCCUUGGACUAUCGACAUCAGCAGAGCCUCGGGAGAAAAGGGCGGGUUGAUGUGUUUCUCGAGAGGCAGCAGCUCCUGGACUCGGAGACCACGUGCUUUUUGUCCUGCUUCACCUCCUUGCUGGUGGAUCCUGUGGUGGAGAAGCAGUUGCUGGCUGCCACUGAGGAAGGUCAGGAAGCCUUGGAACGAGAGGUGCGGUUGCUCAUCGGGAUGUCUUCCAUCAGCGCUUUCGGCGCCUCCUUAUUCACCUAUCAAAGGCCACGCUUUGAGAAGUACAUUCGAGAGAACGUUCUGGAUCCAGUGCAUGCCAUCACUUUCCCUCCGCUCUACGACCUCUACCUGGACCCGGAAGUGAUGGGUUGCAGUGAACCGUCGGCGUUCAAGAAAAGGGUUCAUCACCAUAGGAUGUGUGGUGCCGAUAUUUGUUUAGGUGACCUGCCGGCAGCUGUUGGGAUUAGGAAAGGCCACAAAAGGAUGAUGGCACCGUCAUAUAGUCAUAUGAAUUCUAUGCUUAUUGAACCCCAUUCCAAGAACUGUGGAGCAAUUGGCUAUGUGCAGAAAGCUCAGAACCUGGGGUCUCAACAUUGGUGCAGCAAAGUGCAAACAAGACAUGUUGACCUAUGCGCAAAAGUUUGUUCAUGCACCUGCAUCUCUUGUGCCUUCGAGUGGUUGCACCAGAAACCUAUACACCUUCACCAACUAGCAGACGGCUUCGCAAUUUUUCCAGUCUCAUCUUCAGCCGAUGAUAUUUUCCAUAGUUGGUUUAGUAAUGCCGCCCAUCCACCCAGCGUCCGUCCCUCAGUUCUAACUACAACGACUUGA